UUUUCUAACAAGCUCAUUUUAGGGGUCCCAAAUGGCCGGACGUUAGGAACGCAACUCCUCUGAAGAACCUGUGACUACUCCUUCAGUCACUAUUCUCAGCUUGGCCGCCAUCAAAGAAUUUUCCUCUACGCAAAACGCAGCUUUUGGUGUGUUUCCAACUUCAAAAGCUGACCAUGGCUCGACGCACAGGAUUCGACGAAUCGACGGGCCAAGUGUAUACGGAAACGACCGCUCCAGUCCACUCUAUGGUCUCAACGGUGUUGAACCGCACUACAGGCAAGAAGGAAAAUCCGUCGACGUAUCGUCACCCUGGACCAGGCGCUUCAUCUCUCUACGAUUCUGCUCUUCGUUUAUGUAUCUGGAAUGUGGAGCAGUUCACCCCGGAAGCUGUGGUAUAUGCGAGCUUGCCCUAUGCUGAGAGGAUCUACAAGUGCUUAAAAGAACGGGGCGUCUUGACUCUCAAAGCCUGGGCCAUGUUUCAGGCCGCCUUUCCACAAUCAGAAGAGAUUGAUCACAGCUACCAUACGAACGUCGUCGCUCCACGAGGUGCUGACCCAGAUGAGUUAGAGCCGAUUCAGAACCGAUUGAAAUUGCUGCCCUUUAUGGUUUGGCAGUUCUCGAGUUUGACCUUCCUCAACCUCCGAAACCUCAGAAUCACACCUACUGAGCUCGUGGAUCUCCUGAAGUUCCCCAACCUGGCCGCGCUCGUGCUCGAACAAAAUAUUGAUCACUCAACUGGCCCUAGCAGAGACGGCAUUGGCAUUGAUGACCUGUUUAUGAGGCGAUGGGGAACGGCUAUCGAUGAAAUGGGCGCAUUUCCGAAGCUCAAGCUCUUACUCUUCCGACACUUUCCGAUCUAUCUGGACGAUAGCUUCAAAUGUUUCUCGAACUUCCCUUCUCUCAUCCUCUGCAAUGUGUGCUCCCAGUGGAUCCACCGCGACGUGAAGGGAAUGGAGGGCGGACAGCUGAUAAGCAAGGGGCGAUGGCGGUAUCUGCCUACUACUGGAUGCACCCGCCGGCAACGAGAACCCCCAAAACAUCUUGAGACAAAAAGACAAGACGAUCCACACAAGGAUGGCUAUGCUAUAUGACCUGGCCAACUCAUUCUUCCCGAAGUCUGAGGCUAGUGCUCCCGACGAUCCCGUUAUCUCCAUUACUUAUGGUGACGCGACCGAUCGCUA